AUGGCUGGCCUGGUGCACAACUUGAACUUGGAGCUCUCGCCAUUGGGUUCAUCCCAUGCUGUCCAGGCCUUUUCGUCCGCUCUCAGGCUCAAAACGCUCCCCAUCCACAUCGACUGGGUGAUUCUCUCCUUGGCAUGCUUCACAGCCCUUUACUCCUUUCUCGCUGAGCCAAUCACAAAGCUCUUCAUCCGCAAACAAUGGGCUGCCUUUACCGACAAGCAGCGGGCGGACUGGAAACUGCGAGUGGUGUCUCUGGCCCAAAGCCUGCUAUUAGGACCUGCCUCUCUAUAUGUCAUAUGGCUACAGAAAACCCAAUGGCAGGAUCGUUCUCUCAUUCAGCGUGUAUUUGAAUACUAUGAGCCUGAAACGCACAUCACAAAUGUCGCUAUUGGCUACUUCCUGUGGCAUUUCGCGAUGAUGAUCAAAGAAUUCGAUAGGCAUGGUAUGCAGAUGAUUGCGCAUGCCGUCAUUGGUGUCGUGUUUCUGGGAGGCGUCUACUAUCCAUUCACGUCCAGCAUGACAGCCUGGUUUCUUGUCUACGAAGUAACCAACAUUCCGCAUAACAUCUACAAGUUCCUCAUUCCGCUUGGCAAGGGAGUGAGUCCUUUCUCCAUCGCCAAUGCUGUCGUCUGGAUUGUGUCGUUCCUGUUCAUACGCAUCAUAUGGGGCACAUACGCAACAUAUAUGUACUUGUCAGAUCUUUUUGCUCUCUACAACUCCUCUAUGACAGUCCAAGAGCUGGGACGGGAUGAGUGGGAAAUGGUGCAGCACUUACAGAAGAAGGGCCUGGAGCCUAGUGCGGUUCGACUCCUGGUGCUCGUCUGGUGCACUACUUGUGGGAUCAUUCUCGCUGGGCUGAAUUAUCUCUGGUUUGUCCUGAUUGUGAAGACCUUCAUCAAAAAGGUGUCAUCACGGAAAGUUUCCCCAGGAGAAGGACAAAAGACCCAGUAA